UCGCAUUUUAAAGGAGUACAACGCUUUAUGACUAUAAGUAUCACUGGUGAGGCUGGUGUAUUGAGGAGAAGGGACAUCUGCGAACAGCUUCAUUAACAGACCAUCAGACCAUGUUUUGGGCGCGAGUCUCCGCGGUCCGUCUCAUUGGGAUGGUCAUGCUUUUAAGUAGGCCUAUGACUACAGAAUCAACCUCCCCAGAGUACCACUACUACAACCAGACCCUGAGCUGGAGCGACGCGCGGAGCUUCUGUCUGGUCAAGCACAGCGACCUGGCCACCGUGACCUCCAUGGAGGAGGCCCAGCUCCUGGCCAAGACCGCCGCCGGCCGGGGCGACGCCUGGAUCGGCCUCCGUUUCAUUGGAACCGCCAGGUGGCUGUGGUCGGACGGAAGCGGAGCGCUGUCCAGUUCGUAUUGGGAUAAAUCGGAGCCCAACUUUUUAGAUGGCCCGAAUCCCUGCGCAGAAACGAAGGAAGGGGGCUGGAACGAUCUCCCGUGUUCCGAGGGACGUGCUCUUGUGUGCCAAGGUGCAACGUCGCCGUACUAUUUCCCUCAGUCCUAUAUGUGGGAAUGGACAUUUGCCCGGGAUUAUUGCAGAAGCCUAGGUAUGGACCUGCCGACUAUCCGAAGCAGGUCUCAGAUUACGACAAUCUUGAAUACGGUAAAAACCGACGUCUGGAUCGGCCUCUUCCUCGACCGGUGGGCGUGGUCCGACGAGAGCCCCACCUCCCUCAGAUACUGGAUGGUGGGCAGGCCCGCCAACCUCCAGGGCUGUGCCGUUGUCAGCGUCAAGGACCAGGGCCGUUGGUACGAGGAGCAGUGCGAGGCCGAGAUGCCUUUCGUCUGCCAGGGCGGUUUUAAAUCGCAGAGGGUGCUGAUGAAGUUAAAGAUGGAAUCGCAUGGUGACCUCGAUCGCUCAGCCGCCAGUGCUCAGCUCCUGCAGCAGCUCGAGGCGCAGUUGAGAAGUCAGGGGAUAUCAGAUUUCCAACUCAGAUGGAAGAGCGACAUCCGUCGUCAGGAUGAGAUCAACGAGAAUCCUGCAGCUGAGAGCCACGGUCCAGUUCCCUGAGAAGAUAAGAACUGAAGUUGGUUUGUUCUGAUAGUUACUUCAAAUUGAAAUAUAUAUUGCAAAUAAAAGUGGUGCAAAAGGACACUGUCUAUUUCUGACCUACAUCAACU